GACGUCAUGUUCCUCGCGUGGCAUGAUGGGAGAAUCCUAAUGUUUUCCAACAGAUGCUCCAAGAACAGCUUUCAGAUUAAAGCAAUUGCAAGAGCAAAGAUUCUCCUUUUUUCCUUUUUUUCGGGGGGGUGGGGGGUGGGGUGGGGGGAGGGAGCACCCCCAGACAUUCCUGGACAUCUCCCCCAGCCCCAAGCACGCCAUAAACACUGACAAGAAAAAGUUUUUAUUUCCUGGUUCAACUUUUUUUUUUCCCCUGGAAUAUAAGCUGAAGAAUGGGAAUAAAUACGAAUAAAUAACAAAGCGAGGCAGCGCAAGCCGAGAUGCGCCUGGCUGCAGCCUGCAAGGCUUUUGUCUCCCCACCCUGAAACCAGCCUGGCGUCGUCCUCCGUUCUUUUUCUUUCCUGGUCCCUUUUGCUUUUCCUUUUAAAAAAGACGCCCUCUCCAGCCCCCUCGCCGGUGACCUUGGCCGCCUAGGAUGCUCUGAUUCCGCAUCUCCCUCCAACUUGCCCCCGCGUCGCCUUUCCCAUGGCCGCAUCCGAGGACGGCAGCAGCUGCCUUGUGUCGCGGGGCCGCUCGCAGAGUGACCCCAGCUUCCUCAGCGACUCCUCAGCCACCUCCACGGACGCCGGGGAGAACCCAGAUGAGAUGGACCAAACUCCCCCAGCACGCUCCGAGCCUCUGGUCUCAGGGAUUCGAACUCCCCCUGUGCGGAGGAACAGCAAGCUGGCCACCCUGGGCAGGAUCUUCAAACCCUGGAAAUGGAGGAAAAAGAAAAACGAGAAACUGAAGCAGACAACGUCAGCACUGGAGAAGAAGAUGGCUGGCAGGCAAGGCCGGGAGGAGCUCAUCAAGCAGGGGCUGCUAGAGAUGAUGGAGCAAGAUUCUGAAACUAAGGCAUGCAGUCCCAAGGAGGGCUCCCAACCUGCGCAGAGUGAGCCAUCCGCCGGAGAGCAGGAGACGCUGACCUCGGAGGGUGUCCAGCCCGGAAGCCCCUCGGCCAGUGGAACAGAUCAGGCCUCCCAAGAUGAGCUUCUGUCCUCCGAUGCCCAUCUGGAUGACACAGCGAAGAUACCGUCUGCAUCCAGUGGGGAAGAAGCAGACGCUGGCAGCCUCCUGUCCACCACUGAUGAGCCCUCUCAAGCCUUAGCUGGGUCUGACUCCCUGGACAGUCCUCCCAGAUCCCUGGAGAGAUCUGCGAGCCAGCUCCCCAGCCCUCCACUGCUGCCCACCCCGCCACCCAAGGCCAGCUCUAAAGCCACAAAAACUGUCACAGGUCAAGCUGCGCUCUUCCAAGGCCCCAGCAUGAAAAACAAUGAGCCGGCUCUCAGAGGACAGCUUGCCACUCCCACAGGGUCCCCUCAUCUCACCACUGUCCACCGGCCACUGCCUCCCAGCCGAGUGAUAGAGGAGCUGCACAGGGCACUGGCCACGAAGCACCGUCAGGACAGUUUUCAAGGGCGGGAAUGCAGAGGGUCUCCAAAGAAGCGGAUGGAUGUGCGUCUAUCCAGGACGUCCAGCAUGGAACGGGGCAAGGAGAGGGAUGAGGCAUGGAGCUUUGACGGGGCCUCAGAGAACAAGUGGACGGCUACCAAAGACUCCGAGGAGAACAAGGAGAAUCUGAUGCUGAGCUCCGAGCUCAAGGAUGACUUGCUUCUGUAUCAGGAUGAGGAGGCACUCAACGACUCUAUCAUCUCUGGAACAUUGCCAAGGAAAUGCAAGAAGGAGUUGCUGGCAGUGAAGCUGAGGAACCGACCGAGCAAGCAGGAGCUGGAGGACAGGAACAUCUUCCCCAGGAGGACGGACGAGGAGAGGCAGGAGAUCCGACAGCAGAUAGAGAUGAAGCUGUCCAAAAGGCUGAGCCAGAGACCCGCCGUGGAGGAACUGGAGAGAAGAAAUAUCCUGAAACAAAGGAAUGAUCAGACAGAGCAGGAAGAAAGGAGGGAAAUCAAACAAAGAUUGACAAGAAAGCUUAACCAGAGACCCACUGUUGAUGAAUUGAGAGACAGAAAAAUUCUGAUCCGUUUCAGUGACUAUGUGGAAGUAGCAAGAGCACAGGACUAUGACAGAAGGGCAGACAAGCCCUGGACAAGACUGUCAGCGGCAGAUAAGGCAGCAAUUCGUAAAGAAUUAAAUGAGUAUAAAAGUAACGAAAUGGAGGUACAUGCAUCCAGCAAGCACUUGACAAGAUUCCACAGGCCAUAGAGAUUUUCUUCUGAGAAGAAUUUGUGUUUAAUUUUUGAUACCAACACUGACCAUUCAUCAGGGAACUUUCCUCAAGACUAACUGCUGUGUUUGUGAGAAGAGCAGAGUCACAGAGACGCAAUCCCGACCACUUACCUACAAGAGGAGCAACCCAGAGGACACACUCCCCUCUUUGGUGUCUGAGGAGUGUGAACUGUUGGGGUCACUUUAGGCCCAGAGUAACUCUCCCAGAAGAAAACUUGUUUGCCUUCAACCUUGUUUUGCAGUUUUGCAGCGUCAUGGAGGAUGGGCGACAUGCAUGUGCAGGCUCACACUCCCAGCCUCCGCUCUGAGGGACAUGUGACCCAGUGUCAUUCAGUAUUUUGUUGAAAAGACAUUUUUAUCCUAAUGAUUUGAAAACUAAGUUCAUGUUAUAGAGUGAUUUACUGUACUAUACUUUCUCUUUUUUAUAUGAUGUCUAACAAAAAAAUACAGCUCCAACAUUUUGAUUCCCGUUAAUUUUGUUCUUUAAUUAAAUGACUACUUAUUACAGGAAAUGAAUAAAUGCUUUCAUUUUCUUGGGGUUGGGAUGAGGUAUAGCUGGAGACUUUGAAAAAGUCAACACUUCUGAAUAUAAAAACAAGAAAGAAAAUGCCAACUUUGUUCUCUGUAGAUUCUGUCAAAUAUAUAAAGGCUUAUGCCUUGAAAAACUAGUUAUACCAUUUUUCAAGUUAAUUGAAAAUUUAUGAAAGAGUAUUGAGCACAUUUAAUCUAGAAGUAAUUUACUGGAAAUUCUAACAACAUGAAAAUCUAUACCUUCUUUAAGAAAAGUUGUAAGUUUUCGUUUGUUUACAUUAUCAAAACCCCUAUUAUAAAAGGUUUAGAUGGAAUGAAGAUUUGGAGUAAGUAGUUUACUAAAAUACAACAGGAGGAAAUGAGCUAACAAACAAUAAAAAUCCCCUACGUUUGUCUAUG